UGGUAUGAAAUAAAUGUGCUGAGUAAGAGCUUGGCAUGCUCAGCCCUUCACUUUUUAUUAAUUCCUGAGCGUUGGCUCCCAUCUGCUCUGCUCAUGCUGUGACAUCCGGUCUGGAAAUUCCACUCUGCUCCCCUUUGUCUCUCUGCCUCUGGAAUUCCCUAUAAAAGGAGAGGAGACUCUAGCUGCUCAGUGUCCCAGCUGGUGCAUGCAGCAGUCCCUGGUCCAGUUCUGCUCAUCCUCUCUGCACAGCAACAUGAAGGUCUCCGUGGCUGCCCUCGCCGUUCUCCUCAUUGCUGCCUUCUGCUCCCUGGCCUCCUCUGCCCCAGUGGGACCGGACAUGCCCAUCUCCUGCUGCUUCUCCCACACCUCCCGCCAGAUCCCACGCAGCAUGGUAGUGGAUUACUAUGACACCAGCAGCAAGUGCUCCUUACCCGCUGUAGUGUUUAUUACGAAGAAAGGCCGGGCCGUCUGUGCCAACCCCAGCAACUCCUGGGUCCAAGCCUAUGUGACCACCUGGAGCUGAACUGAGCGGAGUGGGAGACGGAGAAUUAUUUCUAUUUAUUAUGUGUAUUACAGUAGCACCUUGCAGCCCCAUUGUGCCAGGUGCUGUCACAUGAGACAAACAGGCAAUUCCUGAGCCCAAGUACUGGCUAUCUAAGAACAGAGUUCAAAGGGCACCGGAAGGACCUCUCCUCACUUCUGCUGACACAAGCCAGGAUGCUGCUACCAACCCACUUUUCAAAGAACUGACAAACGCUGGACUUCUAACAUAUCAUGUGAUGCUCUUUAAGACAUGCAGUUGGGACCCUAUUUUUUGUAUUGCUAAUUAUAUUAUUUAUGGCAUGUGUGCAGGUGGGUCACAUGACUCCCUGUGCAUUGCAGUGACUGGCACAAAAACACCCCAAAUAUGUUGAGUUCUUUGUGCUGUAAUAUUAGGCUAUGACCAGGGAUUGGGUAAAGUGAU